GUGACGGACCUCGGAGCCGCGGGGGAACGCAUUAGGGUGACCUCUUCGGAUUCGUGAUUUCAGCCCCCUCCCGUCGCCGUGGUUACCGCCUGGAGGGUCGGGGGCGUCGCUGGGGAUCAUGAGUGCGGCCUUGGGGAAAGUUUUGUCCCUGGGAAAGGAAUCUGUUUUAAAGCAAGGAUCUGCUUUUUUCAGCCUUUCAUUAAAAUCAUCCAGAAGGAAUCCAAUCUGUUCUGUAGGUGUCCUACAGCAGAAUUUUCAGAGGCACUACAGGUCUCAGCCAACUCAUGGUAUCGGCCGCUACAGACAUCUCCUUCCCCCAGAGGAGCCCAAAAAAAGGAGGAAUCAUAUCGAAAUGAAGGAAAUUGACCCUGGCACAGAACAUCAAUAUGGGACCUUGAACGUUGUGCUGACGGGCUACGACGUCUCUCUGGUGGAGCACUACGCUUGCUACGUGCAUCGGCUCUGCAACAAGUUGUCGGUCAGUGUGGUCGAAAGCUACGCCAUGCCCACGAAGACUGAAGAGCUGGUGUUGACCGGGGAACAUGACAACAAACUCCGCGUGGACGCCAUUCUUACGAGUCACCAGCGCGUCGUCCAGAUUAAACAGUUGGCUGCCACGUUUAGUCCUAUUUUCUUGGAAAUUAUUCAGAAUAACCUGCCCGAAGGAGUCCAUCUAUUAGUGAAAGAGCACACGGAGGAAGACUUCAGGAUUCGACUUAAGGUCCGCACCGAACUGGAUGAGCUUCGGGCCAAGUACAGUGAGACGGGCCGAUAGCCGAUUAUGCUUUUCGUCGGUCGA